AUGGCCCACAUGCUGCAUGCGGCAGCCCGGCGGGUGCAGUGGAGCAGGGCGGGCGCCGCGAAGAGAGCUGCGUGCCUGCUGGCCGCGGCGUACGGGCUCAGAAUCCUCUACCCCGUCAUCCGCGGGCGCGUGAAGCGGGCGAGCGGCAGAGGCGGCGCGCCGGGUGAGCGGGGCCGGGCGGUCCCGCACGGCACCGGCAGCCGGGGCAGAGCCUCCCCGGCCGUGGACGCGGAAUUCUUCAAGCAGCUGCUGGAACUCCGCAAACUGUUCUUCCCGAAGCUGGUGAGUGCCGAACUGGGCUUGCUGUGCCUCCACUCGUUUGCUCUGGUAUCCAGGACCUUCCUCUCAAUCUAUGUGGCCGCCCUCGAUGGAAAAAUUGUGAAGAGCAUUGUGGAGAAACAGCCCAGGAGCUUUGUCUUCAAGUUGAUCAAGUGGCUGAUGAUUGCGAUCCCAGCCACUUUCGUGAACAGCACCAUACGGUACCUGGAGUGCAAGCUGGCCCUCGCCUUCCGCACGCGCCUGGUGGAUCACGCCUAUGAGACCUACUUUGCCAACCAAACUUACUACAAAGUGAUCAGCAUGGACGGGCGGCUGGCCAACCCCGACCAGUCCCUCACCGAGGACAUCAUGAUGUUCUCGCAGUCCGUGGCUCAUCUCUACUCCAAUCUCACCAAGCCCAUCCUGGAUGUUGUGCUCACCUCCUACACCCUCAUCCGCACAGCACGGUCCCGGGGGGCCAACCCCAUCGGGCCCACACUCCUGGCUGGUCUCGUCGUCUAUGCCACAGCCCGUGUGCUCAAAGCCUGCUCGCCCAAGUUUGGCAAACUGGUGGCUGAGGAGGCUCACAAGAAGGGCUAUCUGCGCUUCAUACAUUCACGCAUCAUUGCCAAUGUGGAAGAGAUUGCCUUUUACCGAGGGCACAAGGUAGAAUUGAAACAACUGCAAAAAAGCUACAAGGAUUUGACAGAUCAGAUGAAUCUCAUUUUGUCCAAACGUUUAUGGUACAUCAUGAUAGAGCAGUUCCUGAUGAAGUAUGUCUGGAGUAGCUGUGGUAUGAUCAUGGUUGCUGUGCCCAUCAUCACUGCAACAGGAUUUGCAGAUGGAGAGUUGGAAGAUGGCCAGAAACAGGCAAUGGUUAGUGAAAGAACAGAAGCUUUUACUACAUCACGAAACUUGCUGAUCUCUGGAGCAGAUGCUAUUGAAAGGAUUAUGUCUUCAUACAAAGAGGUCACUGAGCUAGCAGGCUACACUGCCCGUGUCUACAACAUGUUUCAAGUCUUUGAUGAGGUGAAGAGAGGCAUCUACAAAAGAACUGCUGUUAUUCAAGGGUCCGUGAACAGCAGCAGGAGCGAAGAUAAAGCAGAGUUACACAUUGAUGGACCCUUAGAAAUCAAAGGGAGAGUAAUUGAUGUUGAUCAAGGAAUUAUUUGUGAAAAUGUUCCUAUAAUUACUCCGAAUGGCGAUGUGGUGGUUUCCAGACUGAACUUCAAAGUCGAGGAGGGGAUGAAUCUUUUAAUCACUGGACCCAAUGGCUGUGGAAAGAGUUCACUCUUCAGAAUUUUAAGUGGUUUGUGGCCUGUGUAUGAAGGAGUUCUCUACAAGCCCCCUCCACAGCACAUGUUCUAUAUACCACAAAGGCCCUACAUGUCCAUUGGAACACUACGAGAUCAAGUCAUCUAUCCAGACUCAGUGGAAGACAUGCAUGAGAAAGGCUACCAAGAUCAAGAUCUGGAGUCUAUUCUGCAUAUGGUGCAUCUGUACCACAUAGUUCAAAGAGAAGGAGGUUGGGAUGCAGUCAUGGAUUGGAAAGAUGUCUUAUCAGGAGGGGAAAAACAAAGGAUGGGCAUGGCCCGGAUGUUUUACCACAAGCCGAAAUAUGCAUUGCUGGAUGAAUGUACAAGUGCUGUAAGCAUUGAUGUUGAAGGAAAGAUAUUCCAAGCUGCAAAAGCUGCUGGGAUAUCCCUGCUUUCCAUAACACACAGACCAUCUCUUUGGAAGUACCACACUCACCUGCUGCAGUUUGAUGGACAAGGCGGCUGGCGUUUCGAGCAGCUGGACACUGCUAUCCGUUUAUCACUGAGUGAGGAAAAACAGAGACUGGAAUCCCAGCUCGCAGGAAUUCCUAAAAUGCAGCAGAGACUGAACGAACUGUGUAAAAUCCUGGGAGAAGAUUCAGUGCUUAAAACGAUGGACAAAGAGGAAUAAAUAAUUUAUGGUUUAUGUUUUUAAAAGUAUUUUUUUAGUUGAAAGCAUUACAAAUUCAGCCAUUAUCCUUUGCAUGCAUUGUGACAGAGGCUUAGAGCAUAGCAAAACACAGCCAGCAGAAAAUAAUGCUCUGAAUGCUAUGUAAGACUUUAGUGUUUUAGUAUUAAGGAGGAAAGUGGUUGAACUGUGAAAAUAAGCAAGUGCACAGAGUAUAAGAUUAGUCAUUACGGCUUACAUUAAUUCCUAGUGAAAGCCCAAUUCACUGCAAGAAAUGACCAGCCCACUUAGGUUUUACAGGUGAAUUUUUGCCUGCAGAAUGUGCUCUUGUACCAGGUCACUGUGUGCGUAUGACGUGCCUGCUACGCAGAGCAACCGGGCAUGACACUCAGGCAUGGAGCACAGCAGGGGCAGCAUCUGGGUGAGUAUGGAGAUGCAUGCAAAAAUCUCGUUUGGGUAUAAGAAACAUUCUCUCAGUCCAUGUAAAACAAGACUUCUGUUCUCCUACUGAAUAGUAUACAUGCCUUUACCUGCAUUUCCAUAGGAAAUAAUGUAAUAGGCUGACCAGAAGACAACUGCCUGAGCAACCCACUGCCCUCAUGACAGAGAAGAAGGGACAGAGCUGAACAUGUAAUAUACUUGUACUUUAUGCCAUUACACAUAGUUUCAGGGGCUCUUUGCCCUUCAUGAUGCAUCAGUUCCUUUGGGGGAUUAUUUAAGUCCCUUCCUUGGUAACCUCUGGUGGUGCCGAUGGAGCACUGGGCCUGGCAUCAAGUGAUUUAGUUUUCACUUGACUAAAUCAUUCAUCUGGUCUAGGGGUCUAAUCCAGCUGGCAUCCAUAUCUAACCCAGUUCCUCUAUUGGCAUAAUCACAGUAUAGACACUUGUUUUUUCCAUGAGACACUUUGUGAUGGGAAGGACUGUAGGAGAAGGAAAUGGCAGUUUCUAACAAUAUGCUGAAUUCUCAGACAUGACUGUCCUGCCAAAUGAAAUGCUCAGCACUUAAAAAGGUCGGUGAAAAGUUAGAGCAUUUGGUAACUACUAAUGAAUAUACUUGCCAUAUUUUGGUGGAGUGACUGAACAUUGUCCUCCCUGUGAGCAAAUGCACUGGUUAACAGCCUUGCUUUCAGAUGCACUCACUGAUUGUACCAUCAGCUUUUCAGUUCAGGUCCCCAAUCAGUCAGAAGGUGCUUUAACAAAACUUCUGAGACAGUGCUGGCCUGAGUGCCUUCCUGAAUGCAAAAGCUGGAGAAUUAAAGAUGUGAAUGUAUUUAAGAGCUUCUGUUCUCUCUGACUGCAAGAGCAAGCUCAGGAGUGAAGAUCCAGAGGGGUAAGAGGCUUUGCAAGUGGGUAAAUGAACCUUAGCCAAGAUGUAGCAAUCCAGAAGUUUGUUGGUUCUUUUUUUUUCCCAGAAGUGUGAUUCCUUAGAAGAUUUCUGUCUGGGAUUCUUAGUCUGAGAGAGGCAGUGCAUAAACAGUUUGGA